ACAACACACUUUUAUCUUUGUCUGAAGACCGCCACACUUUUCCGUGAGAACUUAAAAUCAAGACAAAGAACAUCGAGAUGAAGAAGAGCAAGUUGAAGCUAUGGACUGAAAAACUGAAGCAAUGAACUGAAGAGCUGAAGUUACCAUGAUUUCUCCGAUACCGGAUUUCGUCAAGCGAUUCUACUUGGUAUCUUUCAACCAAGCACCAAUUAAUGGCAUCUCAUCACGUGUUACUUCUAAACCAACAGAUGAAAUCAUGUAGGUUAAUCUUACAUCACAGACCGACAAUGAAACCAUUGAUGAUUGAGCCUAAGUUUAAUGGAUGAAGUAAGGAAAUUGCUACUUAACAUGGGGAGAUAUAGCAGGAUGAAACAUAUUGCAUAUUUGAGAUUAUUGAAGAGAACGAUAAGCCAAAACCAAAGGGGCAUCUCAGAGAUCAUGGCUUUCCCUCCGAGGUGCUUGACAUGUUCAGAUGCAAGAUGUUACUGGGAAAUGUGGAGUUUGCUUCAUUAUAGAGACAUCUCUUUGGUCGUGGGAUCCUCAUUAGAGGAUAAUGACGAUCGAUGCUCUUCAGCGUCCUUUGUACCAGCCUAUAGCUACGAUGCACCAGAGAUUGAGUCAGGGAUUUACACUUUUGAGGGUGAUGUUUAUAGUUGUGGUGUGGUGAUAAGUGAACUCUUAACAGGCAGAAUGUCCUAUGACUGGAGAGCAAUUCUUGGUCAGAUAGGCGAUACCUCAGCUACAUGAUAUUGAUGCCUUGACAAGAAUGGUUGAUCCUUCUCUCAAAGGAAAGUACCAACUUAAGUCAUUAUCACAUUUUUAUAACAUAAUUUCCCGAUGCAUUUUAAUUUGUGAGUGAACUUAAAUUUCAGGCAACACUAUGAUAUCUUCAUGAUUUUCUUAAAUAAACAGUUAUCUUAUAGUGUUUAUUCUCUAUGAUAUGAAGGUGAAGUUACAAGAUAAUGGUAGCAAAACAUUGAGUGAACUUCAAUUUCAGGUAACACUAUGUUCAUAUGAGAUCACUGAGCUCAUCAUUUUUCUCAACAUUUGGUAUUGACUUGUUUAUUGCACUGGGAUAGAAGAUCUUAUAAUGUUCGUUUUUGCUGUGAAUUUUGAAGUUAAUGGGGUACAUUAUGAAGGUAACUUGUUGGUGGCGGGAACUUUCUAAUGUCUUGGAUUCCCAAAAAACAGUUGGCGCUUACUUUAGAAAGGAUUAAUUUUGCUCCUCAUUAUAUAUACUUUUCUUGCCUUCCUUGCUACUAACAAACUAGAAUUUUUUUGGAAAUGGCAGAACUAUUAGUAGAAUUAUAUAUAUUGAACUAGCCAAUUCAAAUGUAUCAAUCUGGUUUAGCUUGUGGUCCAUUAGAGGCAAGGAUGAAGAUACCCAGUAGCUUAGUGGAUGACCAAAAAGAGACAACAGGGUUCAAGAACGUGAUAUUCCUCUUUAAGUGUCUAAUUGCUUUAAACGGGAAGGUCUAUCAUUUGUAAAGCAAGAAUAAUAUUACUUGGAUCUUAGUUUUUUUGUAUUAGUAUAUGCAACUUUUCCAUGUAAGGGUCUGCAAAGCUAAAAAGUUACUCAUAUCUUCACUUGCUCUAUAUACAAGAGUAAAACUCUCAUUUUAUAACUUAGACAUGUCAAAAUGAGAAUUUUUGUGGGAUAAAGGAAGUAGUUGUCCACAACUCUUGUAUUACAUAUGUUUGGAGAUUUUGCUGUA